AUGCGGUUAUACAUCAUCUUUAUCCUGGUAAGUGGCCUGUGCCACAAUCUACAGUGCAUCCAGUUGGGCAAUCCAACAGAUCCGAUAGAUUUGCAGCUGCAGGAAAAGCUACUGAAAAUAUUGGAGAGAAUUCGUCUGGAACGGAACUAUGAUACCAUUGUCAUAUAUGGACAGAGUGGAGGAGAGGACUGUUUGUUUCAUGAGCUGCUCCCCAAGCUGCAGUUGCCCACAGUGCUGCUCACCAAAGGCAGCAGCCUUAGCGAUUGGAGCUUCAGCAGUGAUUCCCUACUGCUGUGCUGUGAUUCCAAGGCGGAACAGGAGCAGAAUACGCGCAGCUUACUAAGGCUGCAGCAGGCACGACGCCUGGUCUAUCUGGAAUCCGAGAUGCAGCCACAGUGGCUCUGCGAGGAUUACUUUGAGAGGGAGCAACACAAUGUGGCCAUGAUGAAUGCACAGGGCGACUUAUUCAGCUGUCGCCUCUUUCAAGAGAUUAAUCACGUGCAGCUGGAUAUCAACUCAGACUCAAAAUACAAUUCCGACUCCAUUUAUGUGCAGCAAUUUCGGAACAUGAAAGGAGCAGUGAUUAGAAGCGAACCGGAUCAGUUGGCGCCACGUUCUAUGCUGUAUCAUGAUCCUGUCACGGGCAACAUCAAAAUGGGUGGCUAUGUGGCCAAUUUGGUGAAUACGUUUGUUGAACGUGUGAAUGCAACACUGCCGUUGCGCGACGAUUUGAAAUUUGGAGAAAAUUACGGCUUGUUUGAUUUAAUAAACAGGACGUACCACAAUCAACUUGAUAUUGCUACAUCGCUACUCGGCACCUUUGGUGACGAGAACCUGGACUAUGUAAGCUAUCCAUAUUAUUCCACAUCGUACUGCUUUAUGUUGCCAGUGCCGGCAAAGUUGCCUUAUAACCAAAUUUAUACAAUUAUUGUGGAUCCUCCCGUUCUGGGCAUUAUAAUGGUGUUAUUUGUGAUAUUAUCUUUGUUGCUCAUCUAUAGCCAGGAGUUGUCCUGGCGCCAGUUGAGCCUUGCGAAUGUUGUGCUCAAUGAUCGCUGUCUGCGUGGACUGCUGGGGCAAUCUUUCAUCUUGUCAGAUAAUCCAAGUCGGCACAUGAAGGCGAUUUGCCUGAUUUUGUUCUUUGCCGGCCUGAUGAUAACCACCAUGUACCAAGCAUACUUGCAGACUUUGUACACGAGUCCACCACUCGAAGAGAUGUUGCACAGCUUUGAGGAUUUUCAGAAUUCCCGUUACAAAAUCGCCCUUUGGAGGUAUGAGAUGGAGAAGGUGGAAAGCAUCAGUAAUGUUAGCUUGUCCACUGCACGCAAUAUUGCAAUUUUCGAUCUAUAUACCGACUUUAUCAAAAUUCGCGAUACCUUCAAUGCCAGUUUCAUAUAUACCGUGUCAAAACAACGCUGGCGCACCUAUGCAGAGCAGCAGAAAUCCUUCAAGGAGCAAGCGUUCUAUUACUCCGACGACGUCUGCUUCAGCCGCUUCGUUCUAUUUGGUUUCCCACUACGACGACAUCUGCCUUAUCGCCAGCAGUUUGAGCAGCAUAUUCUUCACAUGCAUGCUUUUGGGUUGACGCAGUUCUGGAUUAGCCGAAGCUUCUAUGACAUGGUGCACUUUAAUACAACAACCUUAAAGGACUACAGUAAUACCAGGAUGCACGGAGCGGUUUUUCUACGGGAUCUAGUCUACAUAUUUGAGUUCUAUGCGGCUUUCCAUUUACUGGCCUGCUUUUGCUUUGCUAUCGAAUGCUUUUGGGCCAGAUUUCGACGGACAGUGGCAAUUAAAAAUGUAUAA